AUGGAGUAUUUGCUUACACGUUUUGCAGGAGACCCGAUCACCUUCACGGAUGGCAACAAAUCCCUUCUUACAGAAGCAUUCGUUCUUCACCUCGUUGCAUAUGCUGUUUUCCACCUGGCGCUCACAGAAGCCCACCUCAUUUGCGCACGAGCCUGCAGAAACAAGAUGAACGCCCAUGCCAUCAGUGCGUUGCCCGAUUAUAGGAACAAAUCCAUUUAA